CAUGAAUUCCACCAGAAAGUAAACUACCGGUGAGGUAUCCAAUAAGAAGUUUCUUGCCGAAAUUCAGAAGGUUGGUAUUUUUUCUAGAAACCUCCAGAACCAUUCCUUCUGUGAAAAUAAGCAUUUCUUAUUUAGAAAGUUUUUAAGUUUUGGCUCUCAUCUUGUCAAUUGAUCGAAAAAUUUGCAUAACAAUCAAUAAUACCAAAAAAGGAAUUGAUCGAGUUCGAUAAAAUCAUGGUGAAGUUAGUGACCUGCUACAAUCGAGGUUGCGGCCAGAAGUUUGAUCCCGACGCAAAUUGUGAAGAUUCCUGCAUCCAUCAUCCGGGUGUUCCAUUUUUCCACGAUGCUUAUAAAGGUUGGACCUGUUGCAACAAAAAAAGUGUGGACUUCACUGAAUUUCUCAACAUCAAAGGUUGCACCAGUGGUAAACAUUCAGAUGAAAAACCGCCGGAACCGGAAAAGCCGGACAAAAAGGACAACCACGUCGAAGAGCCGGUGCCAGAAAAGAUUCCGGAACCAAUCAGAAAGUCUACUUUGGUUCGACCAGAAUUCGACAGUCCCCUUACCGAGUUGCAACCGACAGUGGCUCCAGCAUUCAAAAAACAGAUGGACGAACUGCCCCGAAAUGUUGAUAAUGCUAAGAAAGUGACCAGCAGUGACCUUUCGGAAAUUCAAGUCGGUACAACGUGCAAACAUGGCGGAUGUCAGUACUCUUACGAGGGCACAUAUAAUGAUGACAAAGCGUGCGUGUAUCAUCCGGGGGUUCCGAUUUUCCACGAGGGAAUGAAAUUUUGGUCUUGCUGCCAGCGGAAAACUUCAGAUUUCACUGCCUUCAUGAAUCAGCCUGGGUGUGAAACCGGACAUCAUAAAUGGUUCGGGGACGAAGAUGAAUCAACCAAAGUUAAAUGCCGACUAGAUUGGCAUCAAACGGCAACCCAAGUGGUGGUGACUGUUUACGCUAAGAUGUACGAUUACCAGCAGAGUACGAUCCAGCUCAAUCCUAUCCGGUGCGCCAUCCGAUUAGUUUUUCCACAGCAAAACAACGCCGAGUACAAUUUGGACAUGGAGCUGAGGGGCGUAGUCGAUGUGGACAAAUCCCGUGCCCAGAUGUUCGGCACCAAAGUAGAGAUCACGUUGAUCAAGGCUGAACCGGGCACCUGGACCAAGUUAGAUUUCCCCCGAGAGAAGAACCAAAACGCCGAACAGAUUCAGAAGCAACAAGAGGAAGAGCAAAAAAGGGCAAAUCAAGCGGAAGACGACGAUUCGGAUGUCGAUUUGGACGAUAUUGAGCCCACGUUUAAGAGUGCCACAUUGACGGAAAUUGCACGGAAAGAAUUCAAGUGAGACUAAAGCCACUGCUGUUGUUUACUCCAAUAUUGUCGGAAUUUUCGAGAGUACCUACUAUAUGUAAUAAAACAAAAUAAACAUUUUUUAAGCUGUA